GAGAUGAAGGGGCAGCCCCUUGUCCCCACGCUGGACCCAUCCGAGUCGGGCAGCAUCUCCCAUGUGGCCGACAGCAGCAGCGCCGAGCUGCCUUCAGACCUGGGCAUGUGCCAGGAGCUCCACUCUCCCUCCGGCCCGACCACCGCCCCCGCGGGCAGCCAGAGCUCAGGCAUCCUGGUGCCACAGGCAACAACGAGAGGGUUGGUCCCAGCUGGAAGCAGUGGUGAGCAGGAGGGGCCUCCCAGCCCGGCAGCUCUCCCUGGGAGUCCAGCAAUGCAAGGCAGCCCCCAGGCAGGGUCAGGGGCUGGGGUCUCCUCUCCAGGUGCUGCCAGCCACUCAACCAUCGUCCCUCCAGCUCCCACCACCACUGGGCACAUGCAGCCUCUGUCCUUCAAGCCAACGAGGCACACAGUGGGUCUUGCCCUGGGUGCUGUCACCGUGGAGCAGAUGCCAGUGACAGCAUGGACCACAGGGCCAUUGCUCCUCCAGGAUGAGCACAGCAGAGCAACAUCAACCCCCAGCACAAGCAGGAGCUCUGCUGAGCCACACAGUACUGCCAUGCUCCUGUCCCAGGAGGUCAUACUGGAGCUGGAUGAGGCCACCUCACCUUUGGCCACAGCUGCCAGCCUCUCUCAGGACAAGGCCAGCCCCAUGAAGAUGGCAGCAGCCGCAGCCAGUCCCCCCAGCACAGCUGCAGAGGGAGCCAGCAUGGCAGCCCCACCGCCUGCAGACCCCCCGAAUGCAUCCUUGGCAAAGGUCACCUUUUCUUCUGCCACCAUUGACACCAGCAAGGCUACAGAGCCAGGGACAUGUACCUUGCCCAGUGCUGACCACAAUGCCUCACAGCACCCUCCUGGGCCUCCCACUCAGCUGCCUCUAGCCCUUUUGCCCCAGCUUCCUGAUGAUGCUGUGCUGGGCACAGGGGAGAUGCUUCCCCUCAGCCACAGCGUGGCCCCGGGCACUGCUGGACAUGGGCUGCCUGGAGACAACGCUGUCACCCAGCCCCAGGCCACCACACAAGCUGCAGGCACACCGGCUACAGUGAUGGAUAUCAUAGCUGGAGAGCACAUCCCACCUCUGGGAAGCACCAGUGCUGAGCUGGUAUCCAUCAGGAAUGAGGCCAAUACCAAAGCCACUGCCAUCCCGGAGACCAAGGACACACCAGGAGGGCUCAGCAUGAGUCUGUCCCCCCAUGUAGCUCUCAAUGACCCUGAUGGUCCCCCUCCAAGGCCCUUUCCUUACUCUAUGGAUUCUCUUCUCAAUGACCCUGAUGGUCCCCCUCCAAGGCCCUUUCCUUACUCUAUGGAUUCUCUGCUCCCUCAGUCCCUCUCAACAGGCCUUGGAACCACCACAGCAGAGACAGCUGCAGGCAGAUCUCCUCCAGUCACUCCCGAUCUGCGCUAA